AUUAUGGCUGUGCUCUGUUUGAUUCACGUGGCGAAUGUGUAUUUUUUCGCCAUAUGUCGGAGCCGCAAGCGACCUGAACGAUCCAGCUGACUCGCUGCGAGGAAACGGGUCGCCAGAAAAUAAUGGAUGCAUUUGUAACUAAGAUCUCCCGUAAAAGAAAAAAGUUGUGCGAUGCAGAAGAAGCCAUACCGAGCAAAAAUGAAGAUGGUGGAAUACUGGCAGAAGGUUUCACAUGGAAAAAGAUCAGAGCAGAGAGUCUGAACUGUGAUUAUACGCUCCUGUUCAGAAAGGUCGAAGCUGAUGGGCUAUUUCAACAACUAGAAAAGGAAAUUGUAUAUUUUUCAGGGGAUCUGAGUAGAGUCCAGGUGUAUGGAAAAUGGCACAGCGUUCCCAGGAAGCAGGUUACUUAUGGAGACGAUGGGUUGACCUACACAUUUUCCGGACUCUCCUUGUCCCCCAAACCAUGGAUUCCGGUGCUGAACUGUAUCAGAGACAGGGUGAAGCUAGCCACAGGGCACACCUUUAACUUCGUUCUCAUUAAUCGGUACAAAGAUGGGAGUGAUCACAUAGGUGAACACAGAGACGAUGAAAAAGAAUUGGUACCCCAAAGUCCUAUCGCUUCAGUCUCUUUCGGGGCAUGCAGAGAUUUCCUUUUCCGUCACAGGGAUGCUCGCUGCAAGAACGCUGUACGUCAGAUUGAACCGGUAAAGGUGGAACUUUCACACGGCAGCUUGCUGAUGAUGAACUUCCCCACCAAUGUCUACUGGUAUCACAGCCUUCCAGUGCGAAAGAAAGUACUAGCUCCCCGGAUAAACCUAACCUUUAGAAAUAUUGUUCCACGUGUCAAGAGAUAAAACAGCUUGAAAACUCA